UUGAUAACUGUUGCGAAUGUAUAAUGUAAGGUUCCAACUUCCAAUUCCAAAAGAAAAUAUCGAGGUUUGUUCUCAAAACGCAAUAUUAUAUUGCAUAAUACGGUACAAUAUUUGAAAAAUUUAAUUCAUCUCAACUUAAAAUAAUGAGGAUAAGCAAUGUUUUAAAAAAAUCAUGUCUGGUUAACCAUCAGUUCCGCAGAUACGUGGCCACAACUGAAAAACCAAAAGACAUUACAUCUAAUGUUAAAGGUUUGAGUUCCAAGGUUAUCAUUGCUAACCCGCCACCAGAACGUGUAAGAAAAGCUGCAGAAAACGGUCCUUACAAGAAUCCACAAUAUUUCAGUUACCACAAAAAUUCAUAUUUUGAUGCUGAGAUUGAAAUGCACAAAUACAGAUUACCACAACCUUCAAGUUUAAAGUAGAAAAUAUUCACCAUGGUUUUCUAUAGAAUAUUGUUAAGAUAUGUACCAAUGAUUACUUUCCCAAUAGCUUUUGUGGCUGGUAUUAUUGGUUACAAUAUAGAACGUACAAUAUCUAAUGUAGAAACACCAUCAAAACCCAGUAUUUUAGAAGAAAAACUUAGAAGAAAAGAUGAUCAGAAAAUUUUAUACAAAGAACCUCCAGUCUUAGAAAGAAAUCUUUCGCCGCCAUUAAAAAGAGAACAUUAAUUUGGUCAUAUAAAAAUGUUUAGUUGAAUAAUUAAUUUUUUUUUUAAAUAAAAUGUAUAUUAAAUAUUUA